CUUAUAUUUGCAAUAAUUUGAAACAGACAGAAAAGAAAUUGGGAAAGAAGCAGUCUGUAGCUGAGGAUUACUCCCACCAGAGCGUCCAGUGAGCUCAUUAGCGUCACCUGUGAAGCAACAGACGUUAAAACCAGCCAUGGCUAUGACUCUGUGUUUUGACACACUUCUCUGUAACUUCCCCAAGUGUCGGGCAAAGCUCAGUGGUUUCGCGUGGGUUACUGCCUGCUCUCAUGUAUUCUGUGACCAGCACGGCUCUGGAGAGUUCAGCCGCUCACCUGUCAUCUGCCCUGCCUGCUCCUCUGCUCUGUCUGGAAAACUAGACAUAGUCCGUACUGAGCUGUCGCCCUCAGAGGAGUACAAAGCCAUGGUCCUGGCAGGUCUGAGGCCGAAUAUAGUGCUGGACAUCAGUGCACGAGCACUCGCUUUCUGGAGCUAUCAGGUUCACCAGGAACGCAUGUAUCAGGAAUACAGCUUAUCACGGGCUGAAGCUCAACUGAAGCAAAUGGAGAAGGUUUUGACUCAACAAAAUCAGACCAGAGAGUUGGAGCUCACUGCCAUGAGAGGAGAAAUUGCAUCCUUGAAAAAGGUGAUGGAAGAGUACAAGAGAAAGUACAGUGAGGUGUCUGAACGGCUGAUGGAGAGAAACAGACAAUAUCAAAAACUGCAGGGGCUUUACGACUCCCUCAGAUUGAAGAACAUGGUGGUUGGUUUGGGAGACCGAGAGAUGCCUAACCAUGAACAUCAUGACUUUAAUGCAGGGAUGGACCGACUCACGCCCCAGAGGAGCCCACAGUUCCUCUCUGUCGGCCAUGAGGGGGACGGCAGGUUCUUCUCAUGCCUGGAGCAGGAAGGAGCAAAGUCAUUCUUUCAGUUCAGCACCCCUGCAAAGCGGGGACAGGAGAACAGGGGCCGCACUCUGGUCAAGAAACACUGAGACGGGCAUUAAUGGGCCCAUAUUGGGCCAUCUGGUCUAUGUUAUUAUGUUGUAUCCUCAUCAAAAACAUUGGAGUUGUGUUUUGUUUCAGUUGCACAUAUUUAAUGCACAAAUCCUACAUAUUUAGAGUUUUUCUCUAAAUAUAGGAAGUGCUCCACUGUGUUUUUAAACUCCACGCACCUUCACUAAGAUCAUUUGGAUAAUUUCAUCCAUGGAAUUGCCAAUCUCUACUGAAGGUAAAAGGUAGUUGAUAACUUCAAAAAACUUCUGCUCCAUGACUUAACAAGGUAGAACAGAACAGAGCAUUUUGAGCUUUGGAGAUGUAGACAGACUAAUAAUGCAGGAUUACUCAAACAUCUGUGAAUGAAACAAAACACAAUUCCAGGUGUGUUUUUGAUGAGGUAACCACAUAUUUACAUGGCUAAAAACAUGACAUAGCAUAACAGUCUGAGAUCAAUCUUGCCUAAUGGUGUACUAUAUAUGAGUUUUGAAAUGUUAUUUUAAUAUAAAGAUGUUAAAUUAUUUGAUACACAUGUAUAUGCAUUAAUACAGUUGGCAUAUUUACAGAUGAAUAAUAAACUGUUUGUAUUGUAGUUUGAAGUGAA